UUCUCCUAAAAAGCCAAGAGCCAGUGUUCGAAUCCUUUGCUUACUGUCAAAUUGUCAAUCCUCUCUCUAAUUCACAUGUACUAUCUCGUUUUCUUCUCUUUGUCUCUCUCGUUCCCUCUCAAUUCUCAAACAACCUCAGCCUCUUUCUCUCUCUCUGAAUGGUUUAGUUGAUGAAUUGGAAAGAUUCUGAUUUGAAACACAGACAAGAGUUAUUUGAGAGAUAAUAAGUAGAGAUGCAAUAAAACCAGGUAAAAUUCCCAGUUUUCAAGCUAAACUAUUUUCAAUUUCAGUAUAUAAUGUCUAACUUAGCUUCUAUUUCUAGGGAAAAUAAGUCCAUCAAAACUCUUUGUGCUAUUGUUUUAAAAGGUAAUUGGAACCAACUUUUGAAACCUCAAUUUGGUUUUCAUUUGAGUUCAGUAACAGUAGAGAAAGUUUUAUCACAACUCUCAUUAGAUUUUUAUAAUUCCUGGGUUUUUUAUGAAUGGGUUGAAAAGAUUCCUGGGUAUAAGCAUUCCCUUGAAUUUAAUUGGUCUAUGAUUCAUAUGCUAACUAAACACCACCACUUCAGAAUUGCACAGAAGGUGCUUGAGAAAAUUGCACUGAAGGAUUAUUUAUCCUCUCCCACUGUUUUGAAUGCCCUUGUUGGUGCCCACCCGGAUCCGGGUUUGAAUUCGCAGAUUUUGAGUUGGUUGGUGAUAUAUUAUGCAGAUUCUAAGAUGACCCAUGAUGCAAUUCAAGUGUUUGAGUACAUGAAAAUUAAUAGGAUUAAGCCUCAUUUGCAUGCUUGUACUGUACUUUUGAAUUCACUUGUGAAGGCUGGGUUUACUUCCAGUAUGUGGAAGAUGUAUAAAAAGAUGCUGAAACUUGGGGUUGAGCCUAAUCUUCAUGUCUAUAAUGUGUUGAUUCAUGGUUGUUGCAAGUCCGGAGAUGUGGAAAAGGCUGAAGAAUUGUUGAAUGAGUUGGAAUUUAAGUGCAUAUUGCCUGAUCGCGUCACUUAUAAUACGCUGAUUUCUUUGUAUAUGAAGAAGAGUAAACACUAUGAAGCUUUGUCAGUUCAAGAUAGGAUGGAAAAAGCUAGUGUAGCCCCAGAUAUUGUGACUUAUAAUUGCCUCUUAUUUGGAUUUUGUCGGGAAGGUAGGAUGAAGGAGGCUUUGAGGCUUUUUGAUGAAAUUAAGGGUGCAAAUCCUAAUCUUGUGACAUAUACCACUUUGGUUGAUGGAUAUUGUCGAGCAAAUGACGUAGAGGAAGCUUUGAGAUUGUGCCAAGUAAUGGAGGUUAAAGGUAUAUAUCCAUCAGUUGCUACAUACAAUUCAAUCCUACGCAAGUUGUGUGAACAAGGGAGGAUAAGGGAUGCAAACAAACUCUUGAACGAGAUGAACGAGAAGAAGGUAGAACCUGAUAAUAUAACAUGCAAUACAUUGAUAAAUGCUUAUUGUAAGAUAGGAGACCUCCAAUCAGCCUUAAAGGUGAAAAACAAAAUGUUGGAAGGUGGGUUGAAGCUUGACCAAUAUACUUUCAAGGCACUAAUACAUGGUUUCUGCAAGACUAAAGAGAUGGAUAGAGGAAAAGAACAUCUUUUUGAAAUGCUUGAUGCAGGUUUUCCUCCAAGUUUUUACACUUAUUCGUGGAUUGUGGACGGUUACUGUUGUCAGGAUAAUGUAGAGGCAGUAGCAGGACUUCCAAACGAGCUUACAGGGAGAGGUAUUUGUGUCGAUAUCUCAGUGUAUCGGGCUCUUAUUAGAAGUCUGUGUAAGAAAGGCAUGAUUGAAUGGGCAAAAAAAAUAUUUGAUUGUAUGGAAGAGAAAGGAAUCAAGGGAGACAGUCUUGUAUACACUAGCUUGGCAUUUGGUUACUUUAAAGAGGGCAAGCAAAGAAUGGCUUCGGAGUUAUUGGAUGAGAUGUACAAGAGGAGGUUAAGUGUAACUUUAAAAAUAUAUAGGUGUUUCAGCAGUUCAAAUACUAGUGAUAACAAUUUAUUAGGGGUCUUUUGGGAUCAUUUGGUCCAGAGAAAGCUUUUAUCAAAAAAUGUUUACAAGCAAAUGCAAGACUUAAAUUGACCUCCGGUUGAGAGAAUGACCUUCUCAAGGCAACGUGUUGUUGACACUUGAUAGAGAUGUUAACCUUUCUGUACAAGUCUAACCAUCAUCAGUAUUCUUUUUCCGGACGAAAAUGCCUGGAAAUACUCCCUGCUUGCGUGGUGCAGUGACAUACUAUCACCCUCCCCUCAGACUCUCUAGUUUAGAGUCAAAUUCUCGAAGCUCUUUAUCCUGCAAAAUACAAGUAAUUUAUUCGGAUGGACACAAAAUACAAGCAAUUUUGAGAUGAGGUGGUUCCGGACUUCAGGUGCUUAGUGGACUAUGUUUCUGUGCACUUGUAUUGCUACAUAGUAUGUCGGAACAUAAUCGAAUGUGACACAUCAUAAGUGAAAAUGCAUUUCUAUAGUUCAAUUAGAAGCCUUUACUCGUACCUGUAUAAUGUGCAUCUUCUGAGCUCCUGUUAUGCACUGUACUUAGAUGUUUUACUUAUCAAAGAGGCUCUCACCAUUUGUAUGAGUAUUAUACCAUUUAAAAAAUUCUAA